UCCGUGCUGCAGCAACGUGCAUCAGUUCCUCUCUGACCCCAGUGUUAAUCUGCAUUCAGACUGAGGCUUCGCUGCCUUUCUUGGCUUCUCGAUAGUGGAGCAGCUUAUUUCUUGGGGCUUCGCUGUUUUGUGCCAGUCUUGUAGGCCCCUGCCAGUGCUGUCGAAACGGCAACACACACGCACGAAGACGGGCGAUACGAAACGAAGCUUUUCGACUCGCGUCGAUUUUGUUUUGGCUGAUUUCACACCGCCGCGCGCUCGCCUCCAGUCUCGAUUUGCAGAACGGCUACUGCUAGCGUGCGUAAUGUAUCGCAGAGAGGAAACACAGUAAAUAGACGGACACGUCCAUCUGCAAGAAAGAGGAGACGAAGAUGGUGAUGAUGGCUUCGCCAAAAUCAGCCUUCAAAUGCUCGAUACCGAUGGCGAAGCCUUCCCUCCCGCUGAAGCUGCUUUUCUGGGUGUUUAUUGUCGUGAAUCACUCCACAAGCUCCGUCCAGAGUGAUGACGAUGAUGAGGUGUCUAACAAGACGUGGGUGCUGACUCCCAAAGUGUAUGAGAGCGAUGUCACACACAUCCUAAACAGCCUACUAGAUGGAUAUGACAACAAACUCAGACCUGACAUCGGAGUCAAGCCAACAGUGAUCCACACAGACAUGUUUGUUAACAGCAUUGGACCAGUGAAUGCCAUCAAUAUGGAGUACACCAUCGACAUCUUUUUUGCUCAGACCUGGUACGACAGAAGAUUAAAAUUCAACAGCACAAUGAAGGUUCUACGUCUCAACAGCAACAUGGUUGGAAAAAUAUGGAUCCCAGAUACUUUCUUUCGCAACUCAAAGAAGGCCGAUGCCCACUGGAUCACCACACCCAAUCGCAUGCUCAGGAUAUGGAAUGACGGCAGAAUACUUUACACGCUGAGGUUGACCAUCGAUGCCGAGUGCCAGCUUAAACUGAACAACUUCCCUAUGGAUGAGCACUCGUGCCCCCUGGAGUUUUCAAGCUAUGGCUACCCCAGGGAGGAGAUUGUGUACAAGUGGAAAAGGAGCUCAGUGGAGGUUGGGGACAUUCGCUCCUGGAGGCUCUACCAGUUCUCCUUUGUGGGCCUGAGGAACACCUCUGAGAUUGUCAGGACUGUGUCUGGAGACUAUGUGGUGCUGACUGUGUACUUUGAUCUGAGCAGGAGAAUGGGUUACUUUACAAUCCAAACGUACAUCCCAUGCACGCUUAUUGUUGUCCUCUCCUGGGUCUCCUUUUGGAUCAACAAGGAUGCAGUGCCUGCCAGGACAUCAUUAGGCAUUACCACAGUGCUGACCAUGACCACAUUGAGUACUAUCGCCAGGAAAUCUCUUCCAAAAGUUUCCUAUGUGACAGCCAUGGACCUCUUUGUGUCUGUCUGCUUCAUUUUCGUCUUCGCCGCACUUAUAGAGUAUGGCACACUGCACUACUUUGUCAGCAACAGAAAGCCGAGUGCCAAAAAGGACAAGAAGAAGAAGAAUCCGCUCCUCCGGCUCUUUUCCUCAAAGCAGACACCCACGGUGGACAUCCGUCCGCGCUCGGCCACUGCCAUUCAGAUGAAUAACGCCACGCACAUGCAGGAGCGAGACGAGGAGUACGGCUAUGAAUGUCUGGAUGGAAAGGACUGCACUAGCUUCUUCUGUUGUUUCGAGGACUGUCGCUCCGGAGCCUGGCGGCACGGCAGGUUGCACAUUCGCAUCGCCAAGAUAGACUCUUAUGCACGCAUCUUUUUCCCCACUGCAUUUGCUCUCUUCAACCUGGUCUACUGGGUCUCCUAUCUCUAUCUCUAGGCGCAGGUGUGUAUCCAGCCUUAUCAUACAGUCCAUUACAUUCUACAUAUGCUCUGCGCCAACGAGUGACUUUAUGGAGGAGGGGACCCACUGAAAUACCCAGAGAUUUGAUUAUAGCAUUUCUUCUAUUUCUUUUGUUUUAAUCCAAUUAAAUCUUGUUUAUUUUAUCAAAGAACUCUGACAGACAUUGCAAAUGUUGUAGCAUUACAUUUAACCGGUGUGAAAAGGUUUAUAGAUGUGUUGAGGAACUAUGGAUUGUGUAAAAUAUCAAACAAAGUUUCGUUUCAUUUUCACCACUUUAUUUUUGAAUUUGAAAUUUGAAAGAUACGUCUCAAUGGGGGGUUUACCAGUUGUUUUAUUAGAUAAAAGAUCAUUUCGCAAGAAGCAAUUAGUAAUUCAAUAACAGCAGUUUGGAUCAUGUCAGAUCAAGUAUUCAUCAGAAAAAGUCAAUAGGUUUCAGAGGACUAUUAAAGAGAAGAUCAGAGUGCUUUGCAGAAUUCAAAGUGAUAUCGAUGUGUUUUUAUCAAUGACUAAAUUAACAAAUUCAUCAAAACAAAAAGAGUGUGACCAGUUUAUGGUGAGUAAUAAUACAUAACAUCUUUUGCAUUGACUGUACUUUUAAUUAUGUUCAUAGUUCUUUGUUCACUUACUAAAAAACAAAAUCUGAAGCACUUUAACAGAGCUGUUAGACACUGACAUGAGAAUAUUACUUUUUUUUUUUCCAAAUUUAUUUGUUUAGUGUGGUCAAAGUGUGGUGAUGCUGUUUAUGGACUUCUACUGUACAGACACUGUAUAUAUUUUACUAUUGCAUAGUGGUUUACAUUUAUUGCAUGCACCUUUCGGGCCAAAAAGCAACUUAUUUUAUGGUCUUCUACUGUUGGCUAUGGAAAAUAAGAAAACAAGCACUAAUAAUCAUUCAGGAUACUCUUCUUUUUUUAUGAAAAUUCAGAAAGUGACACAGUGAAAAUCGGCCGAGUUGAUGCUUUUAAGUUGAGAAAUCCCUCAUGAUUACAGGUGGGAGGAUCAUCCCAGGGCAGAAAACUGGUUUAGUCAAUUACCUUGCAGCCACUAGCUUACACUUCAUCCCUUUCUCCGGUUGCUGUAAAAGUGCAUAUUUGCAACAUGACACCACGCUAUUGUGUUUUUAGUUAUGGAAGUUUGUCAGUGUGGUAACUGCAGCAGCAUAUUCAGAGCCUGAGUUUUACUUUUGAGGAUACUUCAACUAAUCUACAGACAGCUGUAGGGCAUUGUGCAAUCUUUGCAGUUAAAAGUUCAUUCUCUUUGUUAUUCUACUAAGAUUACAAGAAAAAAACGAGGCUUUUAUUCAAGCGUAAGAACAGAUGUAACCCUUUUUUUUUUUUAUCAAGCAUUUCAUUUCCUGUGUCUUUGAGAAGAAUCACAUUGAGAAUGUAACUCAUUUGUAGUGGGAAGAUAUAUUCAAAAGGCUGAGAAGAAGUCUGGUAUUGUUUCAGUAUUUUUUUUCUUCCAUUAAUAAAAUGUCUGAAUGUAUAGUGAGCAGAAAAUAAAUGAAACAUUUCUGAACUGUAAAUGCUAUGUAUGGUACAGUACAAUCCACUUUACAGAUCCCUUACAGCAGGCACCAGUAUGCAACUAAUGGAGAGCUCACUGAUUGUGUACAUAAAUUAUGAAUAAAAAACUGGUCAAGCCCUUGGGAUAUUUUGUAAAGGGUAUAUAUUUUGUCAUUUCAGCAUUGCUAUUAUAUCAACGUAAAGUAUAUCACACCUAUUAUAUUAUGGUUUUACCAACCAUGUAGAAUAUUUGAGGGAAUUGGGGUAUUUAUUUAUUUAUCCAUUGCUGGCAUUUAUUUAUUUCUUGAAAGAAAAUGCAUUUUAUGCUCAUAUAGGCCCUGAAAAGAAACGCAGAGUGCUGUCAUUUAUAUCAAAGAUACAUUUUUGUUUAGUGUGUCAAUGGAGCUUGAGCUUAUUUAUCUUGUGUUUUGUUGUGAUCAGUGUACACUACUCUCACAAAAGCCUGUCAAUCUGUUAUAUUUGUUAAAUUAGUGGCUUGCAGCAUUACCUGUUGUGCAUCUUCUGAGUAGUAGACUUUAUUUAAUGAAAAAUAUAUAUAUAAAUAUACAAAAACAGUUCCCAAGCCACCAGAAGAAGAACAUUUGCUUGUCUAAAUGACUAUUAAUUGCGUUCACUUUUCCAGCCAUCUCAUUGGUUUGCUUUGGUCUUGACAUCUGAAAUAAAUAAAGCAUCUCUGGUUAUACAAAUAUAUGUAUUUACCAGAUAAUGUCAUAUUUCUUACAGUUCUUUCCCUUUUGUAUUAAAUGGUUGUCCUGUUGUGUUACAAAGCUACCACCCAGUAGUCUGAAUCUGUCUUCAGUGUAUACAUAUGCUAUUUCUCACAUCUUUAGGGUUUCCAAGUGUGUCAGUAGCAAUGUAAACUGGUCCUCAUCAGUGUUUGUUUAAAGAAGUGCAAUGGAGUGACUACAUUUUAUAAAGUGCCAAACUGACACACACUGAAUAGAGAAUAUCUAACUUUAAUAUCAUCAUAUACUACGUUGUAAAAGAAAAGACAUGAUAAAAGAUGAGGGUUUUCUUUAAAAAUAAAAAAAUGCUGCCCUGCAGGAUGGAUUAGCAGGUGCCCUGGAUUUCUUUUUUCUUUUAGUUCAAAUUUGACAUGAUGCAGAACCAAAAGCAUCAGCUAUGCUCGAAUGAACAUGAAACUAAUAAAAACGAUCAAGGUAAAAUGGAAAUUACUUGACUGUGUGACGUACCUUAUUGAUGCUGAUGAGAGCGUGUGCUGUGUUUAAAGAGAGGUUAAAUAUAUAUAUAUAUAUAUAUAUAUAUUAUGAAAUGUUUUUCUUUCCAUAAUAGAUGCUUGUUGAUUGAUUUCUUUUGUUUGUGUGUGCUCUACAGGAAAUGUAGAGAUAGAAAAUUGUGUGGGAGGUACUCAAGUGUGUUUAUUCUCAGUAGCGUGCAUGCUGAACAUGUUUGAGGUUUAAAAGGGACGUUUCAAAGAAUUGGGACUCGCUCAUCUGCAGGUGAAUCCUUAAUCCUUUGCCUGCAUUGACAUGGACACUUAACACUGUACUUCUUUUUGAUGUGAUUUUAUUUACUUUGGGACCCACAAAUGAGACAUAUAUGUGAACAGCACAUGUUGAUAUUUUCUAAUGUGUGUAUUUUGUCAAACUGCAGAAAAGAAAAUAAGCGCUGGAAUCACAGAGCCCAGUAAAAGGUAUUCUAAGGCUAAACACAUUUCACACGAUUCUCCAUACAUACAGUAUAAUAGUUGUCUCUCAUCUAUGUAAAUUUGGUUAUUGUAUAAAAUGAUCAAUUCUGUUAGGAUCUGCAUAAUAAAUUAUAUAUGUGAAGAUAAAAGUCCUUUUCAUAAGAAAAUUGCACAUAGCUGUGGAAUUUUACAAUAAAAUGGUCGCAUUUA